GCUUGAAAGUUGAAACGCCAUACAGUCCAUAAACGGUGUUCGUGAAAACGUACAUUCGUCAAAUCUAAAAACACCGCGCGCCUCUCUUUCUCCUCCAAUAAAAAUUCAAAUCAGAGAAAGAAAGAAAAAAAAAAAGAAAAAGAUCUGGAAAUGGAGGAAGAUGCAUCGAUGAAGUUCUUCUCGGAUCAAAACACCUCUUACGCUGACAUCCUUCCUCCUCGCGAAGCUCGUGCUAGAAUCGAAGUGUCUGUCCUCAAUCUCCUCAGAGCUUUGAAUUCUCCAGAUCCAGCCAUCUCUCAUCUCUCCCUGAUCAAUAGGAAGAGAAGCAAUAGCUGUGUAAACCAAGGCAUACUCACAGACGUUUCCUACAUAUUCCUCUCUACUUCCUUUACCAAAAGCUCCUUGACCAAUGCUAAAACUGCCAAAGCUUUCGUGCGCGUGUGGAAAGUUAUGGAGAUGUGCUUUCAGAUUCUGCUUCAAGAGAAACGAGUCACUCAAAGAGAGCUCUUCUAUAAACUGCUUUGUGAUUCACCUGACUUAUUUUCUUCUCAGGUUGAAGUCAACCGAAGCGUCCAAGAUGUGGUAGCUCUUUUGCGUUGCAGUAGAUUCAGUCUUGGGAUUAUAGCUUCUACCAGAGGCCUUGUUGCUGGAAGGUUAUCCCUUCAAGAACCAGGUAAGGAACCUGUAGACUGUUCAGCCUGUGGCUCUUCUGGUUUUCCUAUUUCAGGAGACUUGAAUUUGCUUGACACCACCAUCAUGACAAGCGAUGCUCGCUACAUCAUUCUUGUGGAAAAGCAUGCGAUAUUUCAUCGCCUUGUGGAGGAUCGCGUGUUCAAUCACAUUCCUUGUGUGUUCAUCACCGCAAAAGGGUAUCCGGACAUUGCCACAAGGUUUUUCCUUCAUCGGAUGAGCAUAACAUUUCCUCAUCUGCCAAUUCUUGCUCUAGUAGAUUGGAAUCCAGCUGGGUUAGCUAUACUAUGCACCUUCAAGUUUGGGAGCAUAGGAAUGGGUCUUGAAGCUUACAGAUAUGGUACAAAGACUCGAACGUUUGCAUCACAUUAUAUUCCCACUGUAAUGAUGGUUUUUGAUUCGUCUGUAGCUUGCAAUGUUAAGUGGAUUGGGCUCAGAGGAGAUGAUCUUAACCUGAUACCAGAAGAGUCUUUGGUUCCUCUCAAGGCAAAGGAUUCGCAGAUUGCUAAAAGCUUAUUGUCCUCCAAAAUCUUGCAGGAGAACUACAGAGAGGAGUUGUCACUGAUGAUCGAAACUGGUAAGAGAGCUGAAAUUGAAGCUCUGUAUUGCCAUGGUUAUAACUAUCUCGGGAAGUAUAUAGCCACCAAGAUCGUUCAGGGCAAAUACAUAUAACACU